UUCACAUGUUACCUUUAUAAAUUCAAGAAGGUUAUGCAGUGUAAAUUCACCUGAAUUAUGCCUAUGAUUUUCUGAGAAUCUUCAGUUCUGUGAUUAAAUAUAUAGAGAAAUCUACUUCAGAAUUAUGGCCCAAGAUAGUUGUAUUGUAGAAAAAGUGGAAGCUAGUGAUUCUCCUGUUUCGCCGAUCUUAAGUAAAAAAAAAUCUAGCUACAACAAUUUAUUUACUUCAUAUGUGAUAGGCAUGGACCUGAAAAUAUUUUAUUUUACAGUUAACUUCGAUUAUGGACAUCAUCCUGAUAAGGAAACUGCAGAUCUACCCUGUGACAUGUACAUGGAUCCUAACAAUUAUUUAAAAAGAAAUUUAGUCGUUCAUAGAAAUGGUCAACAAUUUAUUGGUAAAUUAGCUCCAGAAGAGGAAACUUUGUCCCAGUCUUUGCUUCUUGUGAGAAACAGAAAAACAAACAAGGCAAGGUUGGUCUUUACACAAUCUUGUAAAUUAAUGAACAUUUCUAAAGAAGAAGAAACAAGCAGAAAGAGGAAAAAAAUUGAACGUUCUAAAACGUUACCUGCACUGUCACCAUCUGAAAAAAUUUCUGCUAUAAAUUUCCUUACUCAAAGAUUUGGUUCCAAAAAGUCCAAAAGAGCUUCAGAACUGGGGCUACGUAAUACUAUUAACUUGUCAGGGAAAGAAUCGGAAAUAAAAGAAACAGUCUCUAAUGUUGAUGUAAAAAUAAAUGAAAUUAACACAGAAAAUGAUGGCAACGAAGAGUUACUGAAAUUAAUACCCGCCUGUAAUCGUGAAGCUAAAUUUGUCUCUGACUUAUAUGAUGUGGACAAUAUUAUUAAUUCUGUUGAAAGGGAAACUCUGAAACCUCAGGCUGAAUUCCUUAUUAACAAUGGUCUGACAGAUAAAGAUGAAAAAACUUCAUUUUUCAUGUUUUCACAUUAUACAUUGUUAGAUGAUAAGCCAGAUAUUGAAAAAGUUGUAUUAUUGUUAUAUGCAAAUACAUUAUUUAAAUUUUACAAUUUGUCUGCUGGAGACUUAAAAAAAAAGAAUUUGCUGACACUUAUUCAUCCCACCUCUCGUCCUGUUGCAAUGAGGGUUUUAAAUGAUUUUACUGUGCUCACAAAAUCUGGAAGAAGCAGACCUACAUUUUACAAAGACAAGCUUGUCUGCUACAUUAUGGUUCUUAUUCUCCUGUUUGCUGACUUCAAAAUCAAUUUAGAUACAUUAUCUUCGUGUUUGAAAGGGUUCGGAUAUAAAAAAUUACUUCAGCUUGCACGAGUAGUGGGCCUCGUACCUCUUGGCAGCUUUACUUCUGCUAAAACGUUUGUAUUGAAAAUUCCUCUGCCACCGCUCCCGAGGCCUCGUAUGCCGAAAAAGAGGAUGUCAACAGCUUUUUAAGAAUAAAUAAAUCAAUACAAGAUACCUUUAUUUUUAAAAAAGAAAUACUUUAUUUAAACACGAAGAACUUUUAUGUAAAUAACCUGAAAUUAUUUGUAUAUAAAUUUUUAAUAUGAAAGGUUUAAUUUU